AUGGGAGAAUUUGACUUAGAAAAAACAGCCAGCGUGAAGCCUGCUUCGAGCAGCGACUCGUCCAACAUGGUCGAUUCAGACGCCACCCGUCUCGCCGAGAUGGGUUAUACCCAGGACCUGAACCGCAACUUCUCCAUCCUCUCGCUGGUGGGAAUUGCCUUCUGCAUGUCCAACUCGUGGUUCGGUAUCUCCGCCUCCAUGAUUACGGGUAUCAGCUCCGGUGGAACGGUGCUGAUCAUCUACGGUCUGCUCUGGAUCACCAUUGUGUCGAUGGCGGUGGGAUCGUCCCUCGCUGAACUGGCCAGUGCCAUGCCCAACGCCGGUGGCCAGUACUUCUGGGCGCACGAACUGGCUCCGCGGAAGUGGGCUCGCUUUGCCUCGUAUCUGACCGGCUGGUUCGGCUAUGCAGGUGCCAUCUUCGCGUGCUCCAGUGUCGUCCUGGGUCUGGCACAAGGCUGUGUGGGCAUGUGGAAGCUGGGUCACCCUGAUUUUGAGAUCGAGGCCUGGCAUAUCGUUGCCACAUACCAGGUGAUCAACUUCUGGUGCUACCUAUUCAACUGCUGGGGCAAGACUCUGCCCUGGGUAGCCAAGAUGACCCUCUACAUCUCGCUUGCGAGCUACUUCAUCAUCCUGGUGACCGUCCCCGCCUGUGCUCGUCCGCACGCCAGUGCCGAGUUCGUCUUCGGCCACUUUAGCAACCAGACCGGCUGGAAGUCUGACGGCAUGGCUUUCAUCGUCGGCCUGAUCAACCCCAACUGGAUCUUCGCCUGCCUCGACUCUGCCACCCACCUUGCCGAGGAGGUCCCCCAACCCGAGAAGAACAUUCCUAUCGCCAUCAUGGCCACCGUGGCUAUCGGCGCCGUGACCUCGUGGACCUACUGCGUGUCCAUGUUCUUCGGUAUCAAGGACCUGAGUACCCUGGUCAGCUCCACCACCGGUGUCCCCAUCCUUGAGCUCUAUUACCAAGCCCUCAACAACAAGGCCGGUGCCAUCGUCCUCGAGACCCUCUUGAUAGUGACUGGUAUGGGCUGCCAGAUCGCCUGCCACACCUGGCAGUCGCGUCUGUGCUGGGCCUUCGCCCGUGACCGUGGUCUGCCCGGUCACCAGUGGCUGUCGCAGGUGAACAAGACACUGGAUGUGCCUCUGGUGGCGCACUCCGUCAGCUGCUUCAUCGUCGGAGCCCUGGGCCUGCUGUACCUUGGUUCGUCCACUGCGUUUAACAGUAUGAUGACCGCCUGUAUCUCUCUGCUCUACGUCUCCUAUGCCAUCCCCGUCGUGUGCCUGUGGUACCAGGGCCGCGACAAGAUCCAGCACGGUCCCUUCUGGCUCGGCAAGCUGGGUGCGGCGGCUAACAUCAUGACGAUUCUCUGGACGAUCUUCUGUAUUGUGAUGUACUCGUUCCCGUCUUCGAUGCCGGCCACGACCUCGAACAUGAACUAUGUGUCGGUUGUGUACUUUGUGGUGGUGGUGAUUAUGCUGGCGGAUUGGUUUAUUCGUGGACACCGGUCGUUCAAGAGCGAGGAAAAGGGCGAGUUGGAGGUGAAGAUGGACGAUUCGGAGUAA